GUUGCAUAGGAUAACCCAGUUCUUGCAGACGUUUGACUAAGCAGCUUCUAGUCUCGUUCUCUUACAGUUUCCGAACCGCACGAUAGACGUCCCAGGAAGAUUUGUCUCCGUGCUGUAGUUGAAUAUAAGCUGGAUCCUUUUCCUUGAAUGAUUUAAUAUUUUAUGCCUUUUCUUUGUCAGUAUGUGGCUGCAGAACAUUCUUGCUACCACGGACUUGAACCACAGUUCUCUACAUCAGAACCAUUAUAUGAAGAAGAAGAAGAGGAGGAAGAAAUUAUGGGGUCAGAUGAUGAUGAACAGGAAGAUGCCAGAGACUACUGCAGAGGAGGUUAUCAUCCUGUGAAGAUUAGUGACUUGUUCCAAGGGAGGUAUCACGUGAUCAGGAAGCUUGGCUGGGGACAUUUCUCCACAGUGUGGUUAUGCUGGGACCUCAAUGCCAAAAGGUUUGUAGCCUUGAAGGUUGUCAAGAGUGCUUCCAACUAUACAGAUACAGCUCUUGAUGAAAUCAGGAUUCUCAGAUCUAUAAGAGAUACUGACCCUGAGGAUCCAUAUAGGGAGAAAGUUGUACAGCUUUUAGAUGAUUUUAAAAUUUCUGGAAUAAAUGGAACUCAUGUAUGCAUGGUUUUUGAAGUUUUAGGGUACAACUUACUGAAGCUAAUUAUCCGUUCCAAUUACCAGGGUAUUCCUAUUGCUAAUGUAAAAACUAUUAUAAGACAGGUACUAGAGGGACUUGAUUAUCUUCAUACCAAAUGUAAAAUCAUUCACACGGAUAUCAAACCUGAAAAUAUAUUACUUACAGUAGAUGAAUCCUAUGUGAGAAAACUAGCUUACGAAGCAACUCAGUGGCAGAAGAUGGGUGUGAGGCUUCCUGGCUCAUUAGUAAGUACAGCCUCCAGGAGUUUCCAAGGGCUAGAUCCCAGUUCAAUGUCAAAAAAUAAGAAGAAGAAACUGAAGAAAAAAGUAAAACAUCAACAGGAGUUACUAGAAGUACAGAUGGAACAGCUGAAACCUUUAGAAAUGAAGCAGAUUCGUAUUGAGGAUGAAUAUGGAGAAUAUCAUCAGGACUUUAGAGAUCCAUUGAUUACAAACAAUGGCAGUUCAGAACUAAGAGGUGAUUUUGGUGAAAUCAGUAAUAAUAAAGAACCAGUCAUCCAGUCAAUGUCUUCUAAUAACCUGUCACCCUCCAGUAACUCUCUCAGAUGCCAGAAUAAUUGUGACAUACCCAAACUUUCCAUUUCUUAUGAUGAAAUAGUUAAUGGAUAUGAAACCUCAUCUGAUCUUCUUGAUUCUGAAGGAGCCACAAGGGGACGAUUGGAACGAUCAGAAAGCACUUUAACACCUCGUACUCAGGCUAAAUCUGGAGAAACAGGAAUUAGGCGUGUUGCAUCCUGCCCAGAUAACCGGUUAGAUAAAAAACUAGACCCCAUGCUCGAGGUAUGUGACAUUCCUGUGAAGAUAGCUGACCUAGGCAAUGCAUGUUGGGUGCAUCAUCAUUUUACAGAAGACAUUCAGACUCGUCAGUAUCGAUGUCUAGAAGUUUUACUAGGUGCUGGAUAUGGUCCCCCAGCUGAUAUUUGGAGCACAGCCUGUAUGGCUUUUGAGCUGGCUACUGGUGAUUUUCUUUUUGAACCACACUCUGGUGAAGACUACUCCAGAGAUGAGGAUCAUCUUGCUCAUAUUUUAGAACUAUUAGGAGACAUCCCUCGCCAUAUUGCACUCUCUGGACGAUACUCAAGAGAGUUUUUCAAUAAAAGAGGUGAACUCAGGCACAUCACUAAGUUGAAACCAUGGGGGCUUGUACAUGUUUUGACAGAAAAGUAUGAGUGGGAUCCCUCCGAAGCUCAAGCAUUUACAGAUUUCCUGGCACCGAUGUUAACCUUUGAUCCCAACCUCAGAGCCAGGGCCAGUGAUUCUUUGAACCAUCCAUGGUUGAACUCAUGAUUACCAGUCUGUGUAGUCUUUUAGAUCCUUCUAAUCUGUGGAAGUUUUGUUUAGUUCUGUGGAUACCUCCUGCAUUUAGCCAGCCAAUCAUUAUUUAAACUUCUGGAAUUUUUUCUUGAGACUGAACACUGUAUUUCUUAGCUAUGACUUGUGGCUCAUGUAUGCUGGAUCUGAAAAUAAUGUGUUUAAAAACUUCUUCCUUGUCAGUGAAGUGCUUGAAGUCUUUUAAACAGCAAAUAAAUGUUCAUGGUGCUAUCCAGCACACUGAAUGACAGUGAUG